AUACCCUUCAUUUUCUUGGUUAAAGUAUUUUUAUGAGAGUGGUGACUCAUGGAGCUAUUCUUAAAUGAGAGAAAAAAGUCAAUUCAAAGGCCUUCUGAUGGGGAUAUCUGGUACACAACUUCUUGGAGAUCUUUAAACUCUAUACCAUCUCAUCCAUUUGAGAAUUUGAGAGACAACAAAGCCAUUCCAUGGAUCACCCAUCCAUUUCUUUGGAACUUCGCUAAUGAGUCACUGGUUAACUACCCCUUUGGAACAAGUCAACCGAGGAAGCUCUUUCCUCAUCACCACCCCCCAAGCUUGUUGGGGAACAAGUUUCUCCCUCUUCGAGGAGCGCCCCACAGAGGCCCUGGAUGUUACAUAGCAGAAGAUGUGUAUGGAUUGGCAUAUAACCUCUCUAAGAUCCCGACCAGUAAAAAAGGAUAUACUUUUGGUGCCAGAACAGCUGAGAGGUUUAAGACAAUCAACAAGGACAUGAUGCUUUACCCAGGCAUGUACCAGGUUGCAAAUCCUCAGGAGCAAAUACACAAACAAAAUUUUGCACCAUUUAAUGCCUUGUUGCCUCGAUUUAGGACAUCAAAGGACUCUUCUUAUCCUGGCCCUGGCACAUAUAACCCAGAGAUGAAACCACCCCCCAAAAUCACCUGGCCAAUGAAAUUUGGAUCUCCAGACUGGGCUCAAGUUCCAUGUCUACAGAAAAGAACCCUAAAAGCUGAGCUGUCCACUGACAAGGACUUCAGAAAGCACCGGAACCGUGUGGCCUACCUAAGCCUGUUUUACAGUUGAGGAGCUGUGACUACCUUCACCCACUCCUCCUGACCACAGCUCCAGGAUUGAGGACAGAGCUGGUCUUCCGCCUGCACUGCUGUACUCUCUUGUCUGCCAGCAUGGGUCCCAGGGAGGGGAAGGGGCUCAUAACUACUUUCUGUGUGAGAACAGAAAGACUACUU